ACGUCUGGUUUGGGCGGGCGUGGGCCAGAGUACGGAAGCGGAAUCAACCGACAGCAGCCUAGGGGUGAGAGGGCAGCUGGGGUUAGAGGGAGGUUCUGAGGAGGCGGGGGCGACCGGGAGAGCACGUGAGCAUCGGCCCCUUCUCUCCGCUCUCUUUUACCCUUAGCGUUCGGUAGCAGCGGGGACAGCCCGGCCCGGUGUAUGGACACGGAGUUACGGUGUCCGGAUUCCAUGCCCUGUCACAACCAGCAAGUAAACUCUGCCUCAACCGCAAGCCCGGAGCCGCCGCGACCUGGUGACUCGAUCCCGGACCAUGCCGGGGGAGACAGCGCCUCCGUGGCCAAGCUGACACUCCUUGCUGGGCACGCCCAUUCUAGCGUGCCGGCCGAGCGGGAUCCUCAGGCCUGCAGCGGCGCCAGCCUCAACUCAGAGAGCAACAGUGGCAGCGAUGACAGUAGCAACUAUGACGCACCAGCCAGCGACUCUCUCCUAGGCGAUUGCGAACUCUCCCGGCAGAUCGGGGCGCAGCUUAAGCUGCUGCCUAUGAAUGAUCAGAUUCGGGAGCUGCAGACCAUCAUCCGGGACAAGACAGCCAGUAGAGGGGACUUCAUGUUUUCUGCGGAUCGUUUGAUCAGACUUGUUGUGGAAGAGGGAUUGAAUCAGCUGCCAUAUAAAGAAUGCAUGGUGACCACUCCAACAGGGUACAAGUAUGAAGGAGUGAAAUUCGAGAAGGGAAAUUGUGGGGUCAGCAUAAUGAGAAGUGGUGAGGCAAUGGAACAAGGUUUACGAGACUGCUGUCGAUCCAUACGAAUUGGAAAGAUCCUGAUUCAGAGUGAUGAGGAGACACAAAGAGCCAAAGUAUAUUAUGCCAAGUUCCCCCCAGAUAUUUACCGAAGAAAAGUCCUUCUGAUGUACCCAAUUCUCAGCACUGGAAAUACUGUAAUUGAAGCUGUAAAGGUUCUUAUAGAACAUGGAGUUCAACCUAGUGUUAUUAUCCUACUCAGUCUGUUCUCCACUCCUCAUGGUGCCAAAUCAAUCAUUCAAGAGUUUCCAGAGAUCACAAUUUUAACUACUGAAGUUCAUCCUGUUGCACCUACACAUUUUGGACAGAAAUACUUUGGAACAGACUAAGUUACUGAAGGAAAAUGAAUUAUCUUGUGUAAUAUCACAAUUAUAUUUUGAGUUUUUACUUGUUUUGCUAAUUUGAUUGAGGAAUGGCAGAGAAAAAUACGUUAGAGUUGCUUUUUAGUUUUGGAAGUGGGUAUAGAAAAAAGGAAAUAUCUGAAGUUUAUUUAUUUUAUUUGAUUGUUUAUUGACUGUUGGUACUAAAUUCAACAAUGAAGCACACAUAUCUCUUAGAAAAGAUGGAAAUUUUAAUAAUAUGCUAAUGAAAAUUGCUGAACCCUCAGUGCAUUGAAAUUGUUUCCUAACUUAUGAACCUCUUAGUUUGGAGAUUGCUUGCAGUCACAAAUAAAACCCAAAUGAGAGUCAGUUCUUUGUCCCGCUGUAGUUUGCAUUUUGUUUAGUUUGCUUUUAGCUCUAGGGAAGUUUCGUGUAUGUGGCUAUUGUCACCUUCCUCUACUCUUUACUUCCUGCUACUGUAUAUUCUGGUAACUUGGAGAGGAAGAAAAAAGAAUGCCUCCUGAAAUUUUCCAUUUCCAUUAAUAUUCUCACUAAAUUGGCAGAUCCAGGAUGUAUGGUUAACUCUGCAGUCAGGCCAUUAUGUUCUUUAUGGCUUAUCUCCCAAACUGUGCAUUGUUGUAGGUGCCUUGUAAGCUGUGAUGCAGUGAAGAAGAUGGCAGAACAUUUUCAGUAACUGGAACUGUAACUUUAAUUUACAUAGACUGAACCAGGGAUGUCCAGAAGCUAACAAGGGAGAGUGCUAAGUACUGUUAAUGUCAUCAAUCCUCAAGAAAGGAAUUGGUGGUGGUUUUUCUGAGUUGUGGUGGAAAGAGUGGUUUCUUGCUAGAUUUCAUGGCCAAUAAGUAAAUGAAAAUGCUUCAUUUUUAAUUUAGAUGUUUCUACUAUAAGCCUUUGACUCAGAAAUUAGUUAUUUUGCAUGUUUUCCAGCUGUAGAUGUAUUAAAAUGGAAAAAAAUACCAUAAUUAAAAAAAAUCCCUAAGGUUUAUGCGUGUUCAUAUUUAGGCUUCUGAAAGGGAGAGAAACCAUUUUAGAAAUCAGUGUUUGUGUUCAGAAAUCUGUAAAACCAUGAUCUCAUUUUAUAUUGAUAUUAAAACAUUUUAACAGUG